AUUCAGAAGCAAUAACAGAGAGAUGGCUUUUCUGAGGCAUUUCUUCUUCUCCUCAUUGUGUUUCAUGUGGGUUUUCCUGCCUCAGCUGGUUCUUGCAAAGCAUGCACCCGUUACCAGAAGCUACAAAUUUGAAAUAAAGUUGCAGAAUGUGACAAGACUGUGCAAAACAAAGAGCAUUGUGACCGUGAAUGGCCAAUUCCCCGGGCCAAGGAUUAUAACAAGGGAAGGUGAUAGGUUGUUGAUCAAGGUUGUUAAUCACGUUCCGAACAACAUCACCAUCCACUGGCAUGGAGUCAGACAACUGAGGAGUGGAUGGGCAGAUGGACCUGCAUAUAUCACGCAAUGUCCAAUCCAAACAGGGCAGAGUUACAUAUACAACUUCACAGUUACAGGCCAAAGAGGGACAUUGUUCUGGCAUGCUCACAUAUCAUGGCUUAGAGCUACUGUUUAUGGACCCAUUGUCAUCCUUCCUAAGAAAGGCGUUCCUUACCCAUUCCCCCAGCCACACAAAGAAGUCCCCAUUGUUUUUGGGGAAUGGUGGAAAGCAGACACAGAGACAAUUAUCAACCAAGCCACACAAACAGGAGGAGCACCAAAUAUCUCUGAUGCCUACACAAUUAAUGGUCUUCCGGGACCUACUUAUAACUGCUCAGCUAAAGACACAUUCAAGCUCAAGGUGAAGCCAGGGAAAACAUACCUCCUUCGUCUGAUCAAUGCCGCGCUCAAUGACGAGCUCUUCUUCAGCAUUGCCAAUCACACACUCACUGUAGUUGAAGCUGAUGCUGUCUAUGUCAAACCCUUCAAAACCCACAUUGUACUCAUCACUCCAGGACAAACCACCAAUGUCCUUCUCAAAGCCAAAUCAAAAGCACCCACCACCAAUUUCAUCAUAGCCGCCAGGCCUUACGCCACCGGACCAGCCGCUUUUGAUAAUACCACAACCACUGGAAUCCUUGAAUACGUGAACCCUUCUGUUUCGACAAUAAAACUCCCUCUUCUUAAACCGUCACUUCCACAGUUCAAUGACACCGCUUUUGCCAUGAAAUUUUCCCAGAAAAUCCGUAGCUUGGCCACCAGUAAGUUCCCAGCGAACAUUCCUCAAACGGUUGAUAGGCAUUUUUUCUUCACAGUCGGAAUUGGUGUAAUCCCCUGUUCACGGAACCAAACCUGUCAAGGACCUAACAAUACAAGACUAGCAGCGGCAAUUAACAAUGUGUCCUUCGUACAGCCAAACACGGCACUUCUUCAAGCUCACUUCUUCAACCAAUCUCAAGGAGUGUAUACCAACGAUUUCCCUGCUAACCCACCAUUCAAAUUCAACUACACUGGCACACCUCCUAACAAUACCAAUGUCAAGACUGGGACUAAGGUUGCAGUUCUGGCGUUCAACACAACAGUGGAGUUGGUGAUGCAGGACACAAGCAUCGUUAGUGCAGAGAGUCACCCUCUUCACCUCCAUGGAUUCAACUUCUUCGUAGUGGGUCAGGGUUUUGGUAAUUUUGACCGGAACAAGGACCCGCCCAAGUUCAACCUCGUUGACCCUGCUGAAAGGAACACCAUUGGCGUGCCCUCCGGCGGCUGGGUCGCCAUCCGAUUCCGUGCAGAUAAUCCAGGAGUAUGGUUUAUGCACUGUCACUUGGAAGUACACACAAGCUGGGGCUUGAAGAUGGCCUGGCUUGUCAUGGACGGAAAACGGCGCAAUCAAAAGUUGCCACCUCCACCGUCUGAUCUUCCCAAAUGUUGACCAUGACCCAUCCUUUAUUUUAUUCUUUUAAACUAUUUUCUCCUACAUAUAUUUUUGAAUCCGGAGUUACACAAUCCGUUGAAAAUUAUAAAAUCUAUCAUUUGCAUCAAAUGAUUUGAAAAAAUGUAUCACAUCAUUAUCACUUUUUUAUUCUUUCAUUUUUAAACAUGUCUUAAUUUUUUUUACA